GUCAGCAGUCAAUGACUUGCAUCACAGCCCUAUCAUCCUCUUCCUGGUAUGAAAGUGUUGACACAUUACAUUCGCUCGGGAGCCACUAACACGCGGCCCGGAGCCCCAGUUUGGAAAAUGACUUUGUUUUCUAGAGGAAAGACAGUCGUGGUAGAGGAAGAAACGCCGUCAAGAAACGAAUGCUGAGCGUCACGCUGCGUUGGAGCGCUUAAAAGAAGAGUUGCACACAGGAAAAAAGCAAGCAAGCAGACGCGCGCGAUAAGGUGAAUGCAAGCCAUAUCUGUUGUGCUGCAAAGUCUGCUUUUUACUGACAGAAAAUGAGGUUUCGGUUGCUGAAAAGGAAUCUGCUCGCGCUCUUGGGAGCAUCUUUUGUAGUUGUGACUCUGUUUUUUUCAACACGUCUGUUACUGGUUACUGAUAAAGACACGAGGGGAACUAGUCAGGAUGUUCGGGAUAAUCACUCUAGUGACAUGCUGAAGUUUAACUUUGGUUCCCUGUCAGAACUGGUUCAGUCUGUUUACAGCGCCAAUUAUAAGCAGUGUGUUCAAAAUGCAGAUAAGUUCCCAGGGGAGCCUCGGCUGGUGGUGGUUGUGCAGGUUCACAACAGGCCUGAAUACCUCAGGCUGCUCAUUAAGUCAUUGGAGAGAGCUGCUGAGGUCCACAGCUUCCUCCUAAUCUUUAGUCAUGACUAUUUUUCAGAGGAAAUAAACACAAUUGUGCAAGGAAUCACUUUCUGCAAGGUACUGCAGAUUUAUUUCCCCUUCAGCACUCAGCUGUAUCCCAGAGAGUUUCCUGGGCAGGAUCCACGAGACUGCCCUCGAGACAUAUCCAAGGACAACGCUCUGAAAACAGGAUGCCUUAAUGCAGAGCACCCUGACUCGUACGGACAUUACAGGGAGGCCUUCAUCACCCAAACCAAACACCACUGGUGGUGGAAGUUGCACUUUGUGUGGGAAAGAGUGCAGGUGAUACAGGGCUACAGUGGCUUUGUGAUCUUUCUGGAGGAGGACAACUACAUCUUACCAGACUUUUUCCAUUUUUAUAAAUUGUUGAUGGAGUUCAAGAAGGAAAACUGCCCAGACUGUGAUAUGCUGGCUGUGGGUAACCACAAUGGCCUGACAGAUUUUAACAGCAUGUCCAGUAAGGUGUUGACCACUGGAUGGAUGUCCACUAAACACAACAUAGGCAUGGCUAUCUCCAGGGAAGUGUAUUACAAGCUGGCGGGCUGCAGCAAUCAGUUCUGCACCUAUGACGACUACAACUGGGACUGGACACUGCAGCACCUCUCAGGAACCUGCAUCUCAAAGCCCCUCAAAGUGCUGGUAGCAGAGGGCUCCAGGGUUUUGCACACAGGGGACUGUGGUCUACAUCAGAAGGAGAACUGCAGACCAGAAUGGGCCUUGCAGAAGGUUGAGGACAACCUCAAGAUGGCCAAGGAUAGUCUCUUUCCUCCAUCACUUGUCCUCAGGAGUGCAGAGGCAGCGGAGCACAAAGCACACAUGAAAAAUGGAGGAUGGGGAGACGUUCGGGAUCACACUCUAUGCAAUAACUAUGUCAAACGUCUUUAAACUGUGCCUCUUUUGGUUAAAAUGUUGAGUGAUGUGCCAUUUUUAAAACAACUCUUCAGGGUUAUGGAGGCUGUUAUGGGUCUUCCAAGCAACAGGACCAAAUUAAAUCCAAAGCUGUUGUUCAUUGAACGUAGCUGAAACGUUUUUGAUUCACCAAAGCUGCAUUGGUGCCAAAGACUUUUUUAUGAUGAGCUCAAGCUGUUUCAGUUCAUGUCACCAGAUUUUGUUUGUCUCUGGGUGUCUCCUUAACCAAAACAUUUUGCACAGCAAUGUGAAGCAGGACUAAACCAUAGAGGUACAUGCACGCUUGAGAAUCUGCAGUUUUGUUUGCAAAUAUAUGUGACAGAAUUCACUUCACAUGGCUGAUGUUUAUUCGUUCAACAACUCUGGUGUGUUUGUGUGUGGUGUGCUAAUGCCUUUUAUAUAGUUUUUUUCUUUUAUUUUUUAAUGUGGGCUUAUGAUGGUACAGUUUUAAGUGGGAUAACACAAAGGCACAUGUAACUGGUAGGUUUAAUCAACAUUGGGUUUUGUGUACUUCUUGGAAAUUGUGUUUGAGAAUGUAAAGUUAAUUUUCUGUGUUGGGCAAAGGGGAUUUUUUUUCUUUACUUUUUUUUCUUGAUUGUUGUAAUGCUGUCUGGUUGAACUCAUUUGGCCAGUCUCCUCCCUGUCCUAUUGAUCCCUGGUUGCAAAACCAGGAGCUGGCUUGAUCUUGAUUUGAUAAUCCCCCCUCCCCCUCUUCUUCCUCUGCUGGGUUGUGACUGUGACUAUGCUUUCUGAUAGGCAAACAACUGACCUUUUGGAACCAAGACUUUUUUUCUUUUAUCUUGCACACAUCAGGGUUAUCUGUGAUGCUGCUUUUCUAUAUUUGCACCUUUGUUGGAAAAAAUUCUUUUGGGAUGCAGCAUCCAUAUAAGGGCAGAAUAAAAUAAUAAAGGCAUUUUUUCUUUUAGAAAAAAAUGAAGGAAAUAGUUCCUUCUAUCUCGAACUUGCUGAAGUGAACAGCAAUGGAAAUAACAUGUGAUUUAUCUGACUUCAAGCUGACCAGAAGUGCCUUUUUGCCUGAACUUGUUUUUAAACAUGCACUGACAUUAACUGAGUACUUAUACAUAUUGCAAUACUGGGGACUCAGAUCAGUUCUAAUUACUGUUUUCUGAUUGUGUGAAUGCUAAUUUUAUUAGAAUCUUCCCAUUGUAGUCAAGUUAAAUUAUUUUCAAUGUGGCAUUAUUCUUGCUGCGUGUGUUUUGACCCCCCCAAAAAGAGGUUUAACCUGAUCAAAUGUACUUUGAUGUGCCUUAUAAUGUUAUUCCUUGACAAAAUUAAAUUGUGAUCAUGUAUUAAGUUCUAAUUUAUAUAUAUAUAUAUAUAUAUAUAUAUAUUUUUUUUUUUUUCUUUUUUUUUAAGUACAUAAACUUAUUGAACAUUGCAAAGGUGACCCAAUAUAUAAUGUAGUGGUUUGUAAACUACAAAAAGAACCUUGUCUGGUGAAAUUGACUAUGUGAGUGGUUUUGAUUCCUGAGAAUGAGACUAAUAUUUUUUUCACUGUUUUUUCUCUGAUAAUCACUUGAAGUAGCUGUACAUUGUUCACUCUGUUUGCCAAAUGGGAAAAUAAAAGAUUUUUAUUUUCUUUGGA